AUGUCGGCGACAAAUGACGCCGACGGGUUCGACCCAGCUUUCUUAUCACCGAGCUUGCGAAAACGAUUUUAUGAGCCAAUCAUCUUGCUGGAUGUUCUGGGGUCCAUCUACAGGAACAAUGUCGUCGAUGCACCGGACCUUGAAAGCGACUGGGGCAAACCCCAGCAGCAACAGUACUUUGUUUUCCUAAACAAACUGGCUCAGAUUUGCGACAGCCAAAAGGGAGAUUUGGGCAAAACCUGUACCGCCAUCGUGAUCCUCGACUCCGGUACCCUCGAAUACCGCUUGGCGUCCAAUCGGCGGGAUGAGCACGAACUAAACACGGCCCGGGACUACCUGAAAGGCAUUCUCAAUGACCUUCGAAACGUUUCCGAUUCCGAAAUCAACCAGGCCAAGGCGAAGAGAGCCAUCUUCUCCAAGAUUCUGCAGAAAGUUCUUGCGUUCAACCGCCCCCGCCUGGAACAUUACCUCAGGAAGCUGCUCUCUAAGUUACAGUUUUGCAUUGAUUAUGCUGCCGACGACGAAGCCGAAGAAGGCGGUCAUGUUAGUCAGGCGCUCGAGCAACUGCGGCCACGCAUUGAGGCAGCAUUGACUUCCCUCCCAUCGAGGGGUGAUGAGUUUGCCCGGCACGUCGAACCCCUGCUGCGCACCAUCAACAAAUCUUACGGAUCCCCCCUCGAUGGCUACAUGAAGCGGAGACCCCAAGACGCAGAUAGCCCCUGGAACGAUGUCCGCCACGCGCUAGGUCGACUCCUGUCAUACUUCAUCGCCAUCAGGGUUAUCAUUGUUGCGCGCUCGAAUUGGCCACGGCUCUUUGAGGACUUCGAAGUCACCACCAUCCCUUCUACCGAGCCACUGGACGACCCGCCUGAUGUCCGACGCACCGCAAAGGGCAUACUGCAGCGCAUGUCCAAUAAGAGCAACCUCGAGUUGUACAUGUCUCACGCAAAGACGCUGGAAGAUCAAAGCAUCAACAAACUCAUCUCCAAGCGUGUGCGCCCCGACCGAUUCCAGCCAAUUGUACACGCCGAGACCAAUCUGUUAGCCUCGGUGUUGAGAUCGCAGGCGAUGCCAGAUCGUGAUGGGCCGCUUCGCUUCUUCAACCAGGCCGAAUUCGGCAUGUACAUUGGGGCAUCGAAGCCGAGCUGCAAACUGUGUAAGCUAUACUUCGAUGCACAUCCGUCCGGAGUAAAGUGUCGCGACACGCACGGCAACCUGUACCCCAAUUGGCGAGCACCUGACCUGGACGGUGCCCGUUUCGAAAAGGACCGGAAUCAAAUCCUCGAACGCAUGGUCAAAGACAUGCGGAAUCAGGUCGACAGCGCCCUUCACAGCCAUUCCUACCCCGGUCGCCGAAACGACUCCCGUGACACGCCGACAAACCCGUUAUCGGAUACGGUAAUGGAGGUCCACUUCUUCAGCGAGAUUGACGACGUGGCCAGUCGAAUGGGAAACUUGAGCGGCCUCGACUCGGCGUCGACAACAGGGCAAGCCGACGACGACCACGAUGGCUCUCGUGAGACGACACCCCAACCAGUGACCCCGAAGCGCGGGGUGGCCGUGGACAACGUUGAUGGCGAUAGCGAUGAGGAGGAGGAUGAUGAUGAUGAUGACGACGACGACGAUGACGAUGACCCCGACAACGAAAAGGGCGGCGCGCUGCUCUAG